AAUAGAGUCCAAAAAGCCCACAACCCAACAUUCUUCGAAUUAAACCCUAAACUACAAUUGCUAUAAAACCCUAACAAAACCCUAAAUCUCCAUACUUGAAGAACCAAAAAUGUCAAAACGAGGGCGUGGAGGGUCUGCUGGAAACAAGUUCAGGAUGUCACUGGGUCUACCGGUGGCGGCGACAGUGAAUUGUGCUGAUAACACUGGUGCUAAGAACCUUUAUAUUAUAUCAGUAAAGGGUAUAAAGGGUAGGUUGAAUAGAUUGCCAUCAGCUUGUGUAGGUGAUAUGGUUAUGGCUACUGUUAAGAAAGGGAAACCUGAAUUAAGGAAGAAAGUUAUGCCUGCUGUUAUUGUUAGACAACGUAAACCUUGGCGCCGAAAGGACGGUGUUUUCAUGUACUUUGAAGAUAAUGCUGGUGUGAUUGUCAAUCCCAAAGGAGAAAUGAAAGGUUCUGCUAUCACUGGUCCAAUUGGGAAGGAGUGUGCUGAUCUAUGGCCGAGGAUUGCUAGUGCAGCUAAUGCAAUAGUUUGAACAAAGAUUUAACCUGCAGAUUAUGAUGCCUGAUUAUUGUAUCUCAUAUACAGAGUGGUAAAUCUCUCAGAUUCUGUGGCCAUGGAUUGCUGGUUUCGAGAAGCGAGAUUGAGAUUUAAAUCAAAUCAGGCACAAUACAAAUUUAUCGGUUUUAGCUGUCA